UCUUUUUUUUGCGCCUCGCGGAAGUGACGGCUAGAAGAUGUCAACAUGAAAAAGAGAAUAAAGGAAAGAAAUAUAUGUUGCAAAGUUGCCAGAGUGCACGAUGAAAGAAGUUAUCUACCGGGUAAAUAUUUGGGCUCUUCAAACUGCUCAUAGUUUGGCACAGGGAAGGGAAACCUUGAAAAGUGAUUCGUACCUACUUACUUAACCAAACAUGUCUUUCAGCAGAUAGAUUAAGUGCAUAUCCAAACCUGUUUGUUCUCCAGGCUGAGGAGUAUUAUAUAUCUUUCACCAGUGUCUGUCUGUCUGUUCUUCUUUCUCCUUCUUCGGAGAUUACCGGCAUCUCGCGCGCCACCGACUGGCUGGGCAGCAGACAGACCGUUUAAUAAUCCGGCUUGUGCUAGCCAGCCACUUUCAAGAUGGAUUACCGGGCAGCCGGUAUCCCCCUGCAGUCCACCAGCUACGCGCCCUACGCGCGCGAGACUCGCCAGAUGGAGCACGAGUAUUGGAACCCCUCUGACGUCGGCUACCACAAGAAGGGCCGCCAUGGUCGGGCCAUUCUGCCGCACCUAAGGCCUCCCGGCCCCGGCGGCGAAGAGCGCCGCAGCGUCUCGUCCGGGUCGAAAAGCAGCAUUACCGAAGAAGUCGGCGGUAGCGGCAGUGGUAGUGGUAGUGGUAAUGGUGGAAGUAGAAGUGGUGGCGGCAAUAAGAAGGCGGCCGCGAAGCAGCGCAAGGGCACGGUGCCGACACCUAAACCCCAUGGCAACAAUAACAACAUCAACAGCAGCAACCAUCACCACAAUCAGGACCCGGGCAUCGACGUGGCACUGCGCAACCUCAGCCAAGAGCUGGCUAGCUCGCUGCGCAUGUACCAGGGGUUCGUGCAGGGGUUCCGAGCGCAGACGGAGCUACUGCGGGCGUGGGCGGACGAGACGACGCUCGACAUCAUUUGGCAGAACAAGGUGCAGCAGCAACAACAACACGAGCGGCGCAGCGGCGACGGCGACGAGGAUCAGCAGCAGCACCACCAGCGCGAGAGGUUCGAGGGCGUGGUGGCGCGGGUUAGAAAGUGCCGCGCCUGCGUGGAAGAGGCCGUGCACCGGGGCGAGAGCGUCGUGAUGGCGAGCCGCAUCGGGGGCAGCCGCAACCGGCAGACGAUCAUGGCGCAGGUACGCACCGGCCGGAAGGCGCUCGUCUACUGCGAAGGCAUCGUCGAGCUGGCGAGCAAGGCAGCAAACGAGUGGCUCGCCUGCAAGUACCUCGUGGGCGAGUUGGAGGAGGCCAGGGCGUUGCUUGACUGGAAGAAGCACCCGUGGAUCUGUGAGUCGUCGGCUCUUGACUAUUUAUUUUGCCUUCCUCCGAGUGGUUUUUCUCUCACUCUUGUCUGCUCACUAGAUGGCUUGCUGACUUGCUCUGUGCGUGCGACCAAGCAGAUGGCGAAGAUGCCGGCAACCAACAGGGCCACGGCCAAGAGAACUCCAACACCGGUUCCGGUUCCGGUGCCAGUUCCAAGGGUAAGGGCAAGGCAAAGGCGAAAGGCGGCUCCGAGGGGUCUCGGAGCAAUAGCAACAACAAUCAGGAUAACGCGGAUGGGGACGAGGCUGGGCAGGAAAACGAAAACAGCGAUGGAAAUGAUAACGACAGCCAAGACGGGGAUUCGUCUUGGCAGAACAAUGACAAUUAGCUAUGAGGUCAGAUAGUUGGGGGUUAAUUCGACUGGGAAAUGAGAUAG